GCAAGCGGAGGGCAGCUCCUCCGGAUGCAGGAAAGGGCGAUUUCUAUUUGCUGCUGCUGCUGCUGCUUGUGCGCUGUGAACUGGAGGAGCUAGCAGGGCGCUUGAGGGCCAAGGUCCACAUCAUUUUCAAUCUUGGAAUUGGCUCUGCUGGACCCAUUGGGCAAGGGAGACGAGCACACUCGGUCAUAAUAAAUUUGCAACUUGCAAUAUCUAGAGGAGUGUGCACGGUGUGCCAUCUUUCCUCCUCUCUCUGCUCACUCAGUUCUCCUUCCCUGCUUCGUUCGUUCGUCCUUUUCUGUUUCAUAGGCAGCCGACAAUGGCGAUGGCGCAAUUGAGAUCGAUGUUGCUCUUGUGCGCGUCGCUCGCUUCUCUUCUGAUCGGAUCCUCCGCGUCGUUGUCUCUGGUGCCUGCCUUCGUCUGGUCGAAUACCAGAAACGUUGAUGAUCGAUCAAUCACAUAUCAAACAUUCUCAUCCGAAAGUGUGGUCGAACAAAUUAUGAGUGAAUUUAGUUCCCCACUGCUGCAGGAGCAAGCCCCUCCCGUCGAUUUUGUUUUGGCUUUCAUUGGAAACAAGCUACGGUCAGUGGAGGUAUCUCGUGCUGUCUCCAGCCCAUCCGACUUGGUUCCGGUGAUUCAGGGCGCAGUCGCAAAUUCAAAAUCGUCAUUCGCAAUUCCAUAUGUGACACCACUGAAGAGGGAGAAUACUUUCGCAAAGCUCUUGGACUUGGCCUCAGCAGAUCUGAUGAGUGCAGAUAAAGAGUCAAACCUGGGAGAUGUUGUUGUUGCUGGUUCAUGUGCUAGUGAAACCACUGGAGCCAAGAAGUACGAAAGCUUGGAGGAGCUCGAGGCGUAUUUGACAUCGAAGAAAGAACAAGGAAGUGCUGGCAAGGCCGAUCUUAUAAUCGUUUGCAGCCAAGUUCAGUCAUCUUUCGAGUCAAAGCAGCCCUUGUCUGAAGGCGAGGUUAUGGGAGCAAUUUUGAAGACUCUGGAAGAUGCGAAAGCCAAGUAUGUUGCAUCGUACGUGACUGACCUUGUUGAAGAAAACGUAUUAGCUCUAUCAAAGAGACGUCAGCUUGGUACAAAAUUGCGUGUUUCCAACGAAACCUUCUGUGAUGGACUUUGCCAAACGAAGGCAACAAUGUUGGAGGGCCUCUUUGUGGCUAUCACUCUCUUAAUCAUUCUUAUCUCUGGUAUCUGCUGCAUGGCGGGUAUCACAACUCCAAACCGGUUUGAGACAGCCAAAGAUUCAUAGGAUAUGCAUACAAGUGUAUAUGAAAGAUAUGGCGACCAUCAUAGCUCGAGGUAAACAUCACGUAGAUGUUGGGGCAGUUGGUUAGAAGUCCAUCCAUCCGGAGGUAUGGGAUACAAAAAACAGGAGCUUAUGGACAUUCGAUCUUGAUGAUGGUGAAGUGUGAACAUGAUUAUCUUGGUUAUUUAGUGUAAAUUGUAUGUCGCAAAUGGGCCACCAGCUACGGGAUUUCUCUUGAAGAACGGGAGCCCCUUUUUUUGUAGAUGGUAGCUUAAAUUCUACCAUCGUAUGUAGUUCGUGUUAUUUGCAUGUAACGGACGAGAUCACUCUUUUUGAAGAUCCUGGGAUGACUCUUCACAACGACCUAAUAAAGUUGACACGAAAUAGUGCUCACAUAUGAUUGGA